UAGCCUACAAUAGGCUACUGACUCGCAAGUCACUUCCUCAUUAACCAGAAAAACCACGAUAUGGACGAAUAUCUUUAUCCCAUCAUUGUAGAAGGAGACUGGGGGCCUAAACACGCUAAAAGUGUGAAAAAUAAACUUCAGAUUUACUUUCAGAGUAAGAAGAAAUCUCAGGGAGGCGACUGCGUCGUGCAGUAUGAUGGGAGCAACUCUGCUACGAUUCUGUUCAAAUCACCUGAAAUUCGAGAUUGCGUGCUCUCAAAGGCAGGACACAAUAUUGCUAUUGACAAUCAAAAAAUAGAGUUGAAGGUGUACAAGAACAGCGAUGAAGAGGAACAAACAGACAGCAUUGGACAUAGAACGGAACAGGCAUGUGGAUAUCAUGAACCAAAUGAAAGUGCCUCUCAGACUGAUGUAGGUGAAGAAUCCUCAAGAGUUUUGUUGGAGAACAUCAGUAGUGUUCCUGAGAAUGACUUUAGCAUGGAAUUAAUACCAGAAUUACGAAAAGCUAUAGUGACCUUUAAAAAUCCCAGUGCUGCAGGCAAGUUUCUUGAAGACAGUAGGACACAUGAUAAAUUCAAGCAGUUUAAUCUGAGGGCUCGUGCACUGGAGAGAAGCACAUGUGUGCGAGUAGAAGAUCUUCCACCUGAGGCCAGCAACAACAAGAUGCUGCUGGAACUGUAUUUUGAGAAAUGGGGCGGUCCAGUAGAGGAAGUUGUCAUAAUUCCAGAAGAACAAGCAGCCAUUAUCACAUUUAAGGAGGAAGAAGCCAAAGAGAGAGUUUUGAAGCAAAAUAAUAACAUCUGUGAUGUUCCAGUCAAGAUAUAUCCCUUCUUUAAAUCAUUGGAUACAAUCUUAUAUGGUGGCAUCAGACCACAUUUGAAGCUGCCUGAACCUGUUACAGUCAGUGUACAUCCUGGCAUCAGGAAGUUUAUCCUCAAGAAAGAGCAGAUUUCCUCCAUUAAAAGCCAGAUGAGUUUACACUUCUGCCAGAUAAACAUGGACAAACCUGAAGUUUUGCUCAGUCCUGAUCCAGCAUUACUGAAACAGAAACAAGAGGCUAUUGAUGACUGGAGUAGAAAUGCCCUUGAUGCCUUUAAGAAAGUGAUCUCAAACUACACAACAUCUGAGUGGCCUGUGUCACACCCUGUUUUAUUUAAUGUAGAAAAUAAUAUUAAAAAAGUAGUGAAAGAUCAGGUUUUUAUAGACUUGGAUGCCUCUAAAGGAGUGCUGACACUGGCAGGAAUGACCCAUGAAAUAAUUGGACUGAAACCCAUUAUAGAGAAGUUUUUAGAGAGGGGAACCAAUCAAAUGGAGAGAGAGAAGAACAGUGUGACAGAGCACAUGGAGAUUUCUCCUGCCACGUACUCUCUGCUUGAACAAGAUGGCCUGAAAAUCGUUGUCUCUCCGGACCUUCACAUUGACUACAACAAAAAAAUGAAUAGUCUAUUUUUUUCAGGUCUUCAUACAGAAACUCUUACCUUCAGAAAUUGGAUUCUUGAGAAGCAAAUAAAUAUGAAACAGAAGCCCUUACAGAUUAACCGUUCAAUCAUGGAGUUUCUGAGAUCAGUGGAUUGUGAAGAAAUGUCCAGAGAUCUGUUCAUAUCUCAUGGAAUAACUGCUGUCUACACAAUUGAAAAUGGGAAUGUUGUUGUGACUGGAAGCACAGAAAGAGCACUUGCUGAGGCAGAGAAAAGGGUGAAAAUAGUUCUUACAACCAAAGACCUCACUGUAGAAGAUCAGGGGGUCCUUAAAAUGCCAGAGUGGCAGGAUCUCAAAAAACAACUGGAGAAUUCAUUCAAUAAUCCCAAAAAGAUAUCUGUGUUGAUAAACCUUUCAAAAAAGAGAGACAAAGUAAUGGUGACUGGGUUUAGAGAGCCUGUAGUAGAGGUCAGUGAAAACUUAGGAUGUUUCAUUGAGAAACACACUAGAAUCUUUGAAAAAGUUUAUGUCAAAUCACAUGCUGUGGUUGAUUUUAUAAAAGAUAGAAAAUCACAAGACUGGCAGGAUUUUAUUAAGUCUAAUGAAGUAAAAGUGAGUUUUGAUUCAACAAGACCCUGGAUCAAACUGUCUGGAAAGCGUGCAUUUGUUCAACCAGCUGUGACUUUCUUUAAAUGUUUGGCAGACGAUCUCUACACAGACACACUGAUCAUUAAAAGGGCAGGAGCAAAGAAGUACUUCAUGGAGCAGGGUAAAAUGAUGCUCUCAGUGCUGUUAAAGGAAAAAAGAUGUAUGGUGGUUCCUCGGGAAAAUGAAUUUACUGAAGCUGGUUUUGAAAAUAUUGGCCAGGUCUCUUGUGAGGUUCGAAUACCAGGUGGAGUAACUGUUACUGUCAGGAAGGCAGAUAUUUGCAAGAUCAAUGUUGAUGCUGUGGUCAAUGCUGCUAAUGAAGAUUUGAAGCAUAUUGGUGGAUUAGCUCUAGCACUUCUCCAAGCUGCUGGACCAAGUCUGCAGCAAAUCUGUGACCAACACACAAAAGCCAAUGGGCCUCUAAAGCCUGGAGAUGCUAUCAUUACUGACGCUGGUCGUCUUCCCUGUAAAUAUGUGGUGCAUGCUGUUGGACCUCGUUUCAGUGAUUCAGACAGACGUACCACUGAGCAAUGCCUGAGACGUGCUGUGAGGGAAAGUCUGAAAAGGGCAUUAAGCAAAAACUGCUCCUCCAUUGCAAUUCCAGUUAUUAGCUCAGGGAUAUUUGGUUGUCCUCUUGAUCUUUGCACUGAAUCGAUUGCUAAGGAGGUGCAUGCAUACAUCGAGUAUCAUAACCUUAGAGUUUCCAGCAGCACAUUAACUGAAAUUCACCUGGUUGAAAAUAACUGCAGUACAGUGAAUGCCAUGACUCAAGCUGUCAGAAAGGAGUUUUCUGCUUACAACCCCCGUUGGUAUGCUAUGGACUAUGGACAAGGCUAUCGAGGUGCUGGCCGUGGUCGUGGUCUUGGUCGUGGUCUUAGUCGUGGUCUUGGUCGUAGUCGUGGUCGUAGUCGUGGUCUUGGCCGUGGUCAUGGUCGUGGUUGUGAUUGUGGCUGUAGCCGUGGAAACUAUGGCCAAAAAAAACAAGAGUUUAAAGUUUCCAAAGAUCACGGUAACAGAGACUUUAAUAGACAACCAGAUAUAUCUGAAAGAUUGAGUGUUCUUGAGAUCAAAAUUACACAAGAUGGACUACAAAUCAUUCUGAGCAAAGGAAACAUACAGGAUACACAUGCUGAUGUCAUUGUAAACACUGUGUCAGAAGAUCUGGAUCUCAGUAAAGGUGCCGUCUCCAAAGCACUCCUUCAGACUGCUGGUCAUCAGCUCCAGUCAGAAAUCACCAGAAUCGCUCAUUUAAAUUCUGCAAAUUAUGGUGAAAUUGUCAUCACAAAUGGCUAUAACCUGAAAUGUCAAAAGGUCUUCCAUGUAGUUUGCCCAUUAUGGAAAGGAUCAGAAGAUGAGGUAAUCAUUCAGGUGAUAAGGGAUUGCCUGAUAAGUGCAGAAAAGUGCAGAAUGGCUUCAGUCGUCUUCCCAGCGAUCGGGACUGGGAAUUUUGGCUUUCCUAAAGAUCUGGUGGCCAAAAUCAUGCUGACAGAAGUCCAGAAUUUUAAGCCUACAAACCUUAAAUCGGUAACUGUGAUUGUGCACCCUUCUGACAGAGAGAGUGUAGAGUGCUUUACCAGCUUCAUUAGACAUGGCCUUCAGGGUCCUGUUACAACAGAACCACAUCAGCAUGGCAUGCUGAAAAAAAAUAUUUCUGGCAAAUCAUCUCACACUUCUGAACUUUUUGGCAAAGUCUCCUCUCCGUCUCUUGGGGUGCACACUAUGCAGAUGGGUCAGGUGACUCUGGAGGUUUCUUCAGGAGACAUAACUAAAGAAAAAACUGAUGCCAUUGUCAACUCCUCAAAUCAGACAUUUUCUCUGAAAGCAGGAGUAUCGAAGGCCAUAUUAGAUGCUGCUGGAGUACAAGUGGAACAAGAAUGUUCACAGAUUGUGAAAUCAUCAAAUACGCAGCAAACAGAGAUUGUGACUUCAGCCGGGCAGCUUCCAUGUGGAAACAUCAUCCAUGUUAUUGGACGAAAUAAUCCAUCUGAAAUUAAGGAUGUUGUUUUGUCUGUUCUGGAGUUAUGUGAGGCACGCCAGAUUACUUCUGUUGCCUUCCCAGCUCUUGGCACUGGUCAGGGAGGUGCAAAACCAGCUGAUGUUGCAGAUGCAAUGGUUGAUGCAGUGGUUGAAUUUAUAAAGAAAAAGAAACCACUGCAGGUACGGCUUGUGAAAUUUCUUAUAUUCCAGACAAACAUGGUGGCAGAAUUUCACCAAACCAUGAUCAGAAGAUCUGGUGAGAAAGUAGAGGAGGAUAAAAGUCUGUUUACCAAAUUUAAAGACUUUUUUGGAGGGGAAAGUUCAGAAUUUCUCCCAAAUGAAGAGUUUGUGAUGGUGAGAGAAGAAAUUGAGCCGGCUGUGCUUCAACUCUGUGGGGAGACACCAGAGGAUCUGAGUGAAGCCAAAGACAUGAUCAACAGCAUGAUAUUACGGGAGCAUGUGAGCAUCCCAAUCCGUGAUCCAGCCAUUGCUCAUUUCACCAGGGAGGAUGGAGAAACACUGAACUCCAUGCAGAGGGAGCUCUCAGUCAGUGUCCGGCUUGAGAAGAAAGGUCAGGACUCUGUGAUCACGCUGGAGGGUCUGACAAGAGAUGUUCACACUGCAGAGAGUCGUCUUCGAGACAUGAUCAGAAAGGUGGAAAGAAAUGAAACCCGAAGAAGUGAGGCUUUUAUAAUCAGAAAUGUGGUUAGGUGGGAAUAUCAAGAAAAUGGACAGAAUGUCAAAACCUUUGAUAUUUUGAACAAUUAUGACCUGGAACAGGCCUAUCAGAAGAGACAGUCUACAGUAAAUAUCAAGAUUAACAAUGAGGAAUAUGAAGCUGAUUUAGUUCUCAAAGAGGCCACAAGAGGAAGAUUGAGGAUUCCGUUAAAUAGAGUAGAACUGGAAGGUGAGAUAAUUAUUAUUAAGACAUUGACUAGAACGGCAUCAUAUAAAAAGAUAAUAACGUUUUUUCUUUAUCUUUCCUUCUUUUUGCUCUAAUGUUGAAAAAAAUAAAACUGUGCACUUUGGAAAAACUACAUGGUCAAAAAGGUGUAACUGGAAGAUAAAAAUUAGCACAAAAACAAUGAAAAUAAUGAUUAUGAGAUCUCAGUUUCUGUUAGGGAUUGUAUGGGGAUUAAAGAAAAACGGAUGUCUGCCAGAUUAGAAUAGGCUAUAUGCCUAUUUACUUUUGAGUUAUUAGUAAUUAAUAAUGGUUAGUAAAAUCUUGUACCUUUUAAACCACCUUUAUGUUGCUUUUUAAACUUAGGUUUAAUAGUUUUAAAAGUGUAAGUAAAUAUGUCUGCAGUCAGGAUUAGAAAUGUUGCAAACAACAUUAAUAUAAUUUAUUAUUAUUUGCUGAACCUAAUAGAAGACUGUAACAUAUUACGUUUUAGCUGCUUAUUGUAAUUGCACUGCAGGCUUUAAAAAUAAAAUGCUUUGCUCAUAUUUUUAUA